AUGGCUUGGAUGGCGUACAUCUCUAUUACUUCAAUGCUGUUUGGAACGUUUGGCAAGGCUACGGUCUGUCCUUUGAGUUCAUGCCAAGCAUUGGAUUCCUGGACGCAAGCUUGCUACCUGCGCCUGCACAAGCCAUCGAAAGUUGUUGCCGGUGGGACAGCUUUCGUGACGUUUUGGGAUUGUCCUUAUUCGUUCCCCGUGGCGCUUCGCAUGGCUCCAAUCAGUCCAAAAGAGUGGCCGGUGGAAGAGCAUUUGUACCAGUCGCAAAGCUUGCAAAGCCUUCAGCAGAAAUUUCAGCAACCAAUUUCACUUGAGGACGAGUGGGUGCAUGCCAGCCUCUACUACAGCCUUCAAGCUACAGCACCAUCCGUGCGCAGAUUUACAAACGACGUUGAAAUCAAGAGUGAAGGGUUGUGGCGGCAGAGAGUCAGCACGACAAAGCUAAUGUUUUUAGUCGUGCCAAUCGCAGCAGAGUGUGAGCUCUGCGUCGAGCAUUCCGGCAGCCUGGAGGUGUUGAAGGCGAAGAAUCAAGAGAGAACGGACCUUCAAGGCGCUCUUCGCUUGCGGGUUUCGGUCCUUCAAGAGUUCGCCCGUCUGGAUCUUUCAGAUUUAACGCAUGCAGAGACAGUCCUCUUUAUCUGGGGCUUCCUCACUGAUAUAGCAGUGAUGGCCAGCAUGGGCUUGUGCUUCGAUUGCCAUAUGGGAAAUAUCGUGCUCAAACUCGACCAAUACGGUAACAAAAUAUUCGCAUGGCUGGACUUCGGAGGGCGGACUGGUGGCGAAAUGUUUUUCAGACAGCUCACCGACACGCUCAUGGCUGGUGUGGGUCGCCUACAGGAGCUUGGCGCAAAUGCCACAGCGAAGUCGCUGUCCGAACUUGCCCGUUCGUUCUCGGCACACCCAGGGCUGGACCAGGUGGCUGAGCGAGCGCAGGAGAUCCUGAUCGAGACAGCGCCAGAUUACGGGUUUGCGACCCAUGUACUUCAACGUGUGGGGCCCCUUCGUCCAGAUCGGCUAAUGAGCUUGCAAGAGAGACGUCCUCGCGCAGGCAAGACCUCUGAGCCCGUCGUCUGGGUGCGGGAGCUGGCCCGGAACAAGGAUGGGACGGUCACCGCCAAGUCUCGUCAAGAGGGCGAGGAUGAGCUCGAGCCGGCGUUCCAGGUGUCCCCUCAGGACCACCCAGGCUCGAGACUCAAUAAUGUGGACGAUUUGAAAACAGCCAUCAAGCAGAGGAAGUCUAACGCCCUACGAGACGUUGAUCCUGAUCAAAUUGACGUAUAUCUCUACUCAAAAGAAGCUGGAGCGUGGCGACGCAUCGAAGACGAAUCGGAAGUCCUGCGUCGGGACACCACCAGGCUAGAUUGCUACGGCUUUUUGCCGCGACCGGCAACUUGA